AGUGGUGGCUAUACGGACCGAGCAGAUUUGCCCCGACGAUGUCGAGAAGACUUGCAUCGGGCCUGGCGCUCAGGCUCAGCUAGAGCUUAGGGAAAAAUCUAGGACGGCAAAAUUAUGUUCACCCCUACGUCGUUGGACUUCAGUUCCCUCUCACGAAACAUAAACUAACGUGGUGGUAUUCAAAUUUUCGAAUUCCUUCAUCAUUCUCUGUUAAAGACUGAUCUCUUACUGUCUAUAAAUUUCAUUCAUUCGUGUCGUGAAGCGCGCAUCAUUUGAACUUGACAGCCUGCCCUCUGCCAACCUUACCUUUCGGUGAAUGUACAAUCUGGUGUGCUGCGCCAAAUCAAUUUAUGCACAUCUUUCAAUCAAAUAAAAAUAAAAAUAAAAUUUCGGUGCCUUGAGACUUAGCAAAAAAGAAAACUUCAAAAAGUGGGGCUGUCCGAAACGUCUCUUUUAUGAUUUCAGGUUGGCAAAUUUGGAACCCCUGCUCUCCUCUCCUGUCAGCUGCCCUGUUUGUAAACACAGCACUUCGACGCGGAUUCUUGUUUAAUUUUUAAGAAUUCCGUUCUAGGUUUGCUCUUUUAAUUACUGACAUUUAGCAUGUUAAUGACCAGUACUCAAAAGCUUGUACAUAUUGUUAGUUUAUGCAUUUAUUUCAUAAACCGGGUGACAGCACUAGGCCUUCGUAAUGAGCGAUUAUGAUUAUGACUUUGACCUGGAGGACCUCUACGAUGAUGAGAUUUUACCCGGGUCCUCCAAUGUUUGGUAUGAAGACGAUGAGUUGAGUGGAUUAGAGGAAUAUGUAGAACGAGGCAUUUGGGAGGAAAUUGAUAUGUGUAUGCUUCCUACAAUGCGAGAUGGUUUCUCACAAGUAGGAAAUCUCUUAUUGUGGUGUUUCAUUUUUAGAAUUACAACUCAAACAGUUGCUGUUCCUUCUGGUGUUGGACAUGCAAUAUCAGCAUGCACUGGAUUGUAUAUUUUAUAUGUAUUUUUUCAUUCAACUAUGUUUCAUAUUCUGGCGUUUGCCUUUAUUUUGUAUUGUAUCCUGUGGUCACUUUCACGAUUCUUUGGAUAUCGUCGAGGGCCAAUAAUGGGCAUUGUUUCCAUAGUCUUUCUUAUCAUUAGUGAAUUAUUUAUUGUUAAUGAAGUAGAGUGGCACAAAAUUCGAGGUGCACAAAUGAUAUUGGCCAUGAAAGUGAUAUCCAUUUCAUUUGACUCUGACAUUGGAACAAUACAAGCUGUGCCUUCUCCGCUUCCAUUUGCCGGAUAUGUUUUUAAUGUUGGUACUUGUGUCUUUGGUCCUUGGGUUUCUUACAAAGAUUACAUUGCCAUUUUUGACAGACCACUUUGGAAUUGGCGUUGGGUUUUACGUAUUUUUGUCAGUCUCGGCGUUGCGUUCCUUUUCCUGACUAUUUCUACAUGCUGGAGUCUUUGGCUUAUACCAGAUGAUGCCUGGAGGUGGUGGGUAGCUUAUCGAGAUGCCCUAUCAUUUCGUUCAAGCCAUUACUUCGUAUCUUUUGUAUCAGAAGCUUCUGCAUUAGUUUCCGGCUUUGGGCGUAAUACCGAAGAUGAUUGGGGUGUCCCAGUAACUAAACCUCAUCUGAUUGAAAUUCCUCGAUCUUUGGUUCAAGUUGUCGUCUACUGGAAUAUGCCCAUGCACCACUGGCUCAAAACUUAUGUUUUCCGCACAACUAUAUCCUACGGCAGCUUUAUUGCUGUGCUUUCAACUUAUGCCGCCAGCUCAUUGCUUCAUGGUUUGAACUUCCAACUCUCAGCUGUUCUAUUGUCCCUUGGAGCAUAUACUUAUGUUGAAUACAUGUUGAGACAGAAAUUAGCAAAUACAUUCCGUGCCUGUAUUUUGGUGCGGCCUUGUCGUAAGGAUUGUUCACACCGUAACCAUGACUCUCGUCUUGUUGUAACUAUAACAAACGUAGCCUUUGGUCUCUUGGUAGUUUUCCACCUAGCUUACCUAGGCCUCAUGUUUGAUACAUCCUCAAAAGAACAAGAAGUUGGAUACUCGUACAGUCACACACUUGCCAAGUGGUCAAGUCUCAGCUAUGCUUCUCACUGGGUAGUUCUUGGAACAUACAUAUUUUACCUUCUUAUUUAAAUCCUUGACAAUCAGAUGCAGCUCAACUCUUGUGCUGUUCUACAUACACGUUGACAUUGUUGAUUUUGAGCACUUUCUCUAUUGUUUUCAUUGCUUUCAUGCAACUCGGGCUGUGUGCUAUUUGUAUCUUUUAUUAUUGCCUGUGCUUUUUGUCAAUUCCUCUUUUUAACCUUCCAACAUUUUCCUCAUAGAUUUAAUUUAUCGUGGUACUCUGUCCAAUUUAGUUCCAUCAAACCUUGAUGGUUGUUGUUGUUUUCUAAUUUUAGCUUGUUGUAUGUUACAGAUCAUGCUUCUUGAUUGUGAUUUUUGCUCUCAUUUUGUACAUUGUUAACUUGUUGUAUAUCUCUGAUCUGUGAUAAGUGUAGGAUGCUUUCUAAAAGCCUAAUAAUAUUUAUAAUUUUUUUUUCAGUGAUACAGUAUUUCAUAUCAUUUAGACUCCCCAUUCAUUGUGCAGACUACCACUUGCUUCCAUUGUGUCAGUAUUUGUGUUUGUUAAUCAUGUCAUCAUCAUCAUUCAUGUCAUUUUCCUUGUGGAAGCAAAUUAAUUGAGAUUGGCCUGAGAUAUUUUUGACUUUGCGAUCGAAUCAAUAUUGUAUCAACAUGGUUCAACCCCUUUUGCCAUCGCCUUUUUGUGAAAAAUAAAGAACGAAAAACAACUUGUGUACCAA